UUUUACAAAAAUCUACUAAAAGAGGUAUAUAGAUAGAAAUGUUUAUUCCCAGACCAACAGAGAAGCAAUGGAAAUGGAAAGCUGACUCUUGAUCCCUUUCCGACCCAACUUUAAAGAAAAGCGACGAAACGCGCCCCAUCCUCCUCCUGCCAUCGCCUCCGUCCUUUUGCUUCUCCCUGUUCAUCUCCAGGCGAGAAGCCGGCGCUGUUCUGCUCUGGCUCCUUUUCAUUUUACUUCGACCUAAGGUCCAAGCUUCAAACAGGUUACGAUCUUUCUGCUUCUCUCUUCCAAUUUGAUUCGAGUUUCGAGCUCUCGGGAAUGGUUGAUCGCUUGCCCAUUAUCGCUUUCCCUUCGGAAUUUUUCGGGUUCACUUCAAAAUUUUGGCUUGAUCUGAGAACGAAUCAAGUCGUCGGAGUCAAAGUUUCACUGUUCUUUGGAGGGGUUUUUUUUUUUUUUUGCUUCUUUUCUAUUUAUCGGCCGAGGAAAUCUCCCAGCUCACUUUUGUCAUCUUCCCAGAGUUGUUAGCUGAAAAAAACAUUGUUUUUUCCUGUAUAUUCUAUAAUAUUUUGCAAUGUGGUGAUUGAGUUCUUUCUUUAGUUUAUUGCUUUUGGGAUUGAAUUGCCUCAUGGUUGAAUGGCCUGCAACUUGACAUUGAUACCGUGUGGAAGGAGAGAUUUGAAGAACUGGGGACUCCUUUCUUGUUGUCAGUUAGAUUUUGGGCGGUCAAAGCCAUUCCCGUCAAAUCAAGAGCCCUUGAUAUGCCAAUUUUUUUUGGUUCUCGGAUGAAUCGAUGAAAGCUGUUUCUAUCGUAUCUAACCAUUUUUAGUACUUUACCAUGCUGUGCUUUUACUGAUUUCAUGGCAAUUCUGAUUGUAAGUGCGUUGUUUUGUGUUUCGUUGAACAGAGGGUGAAUCACCCAUUACUGUCCGUGUUCCUGGGUAGUUCUUGCCUUGAGAAUUUAGUGGCUUUCGAGUCAGGUGGUAACCUUAGCUUUGAGAUUCUAUGGUUUCAUCACAUCUAAGGAGGUCUGUGGAGUUAGAUGGAUGUUCUCUCCCAGGAACUACAUUCUGAGAAUCUCACAGAUAUUAGCCCACUGUUAAUGGAGCGAACCGAGACUUUUAGGAGUACUGAUCACAUCAUCGACGUGCCUGGAAAUGUUGAUUCUUCUUCUGAAUCAACAUCCCAUGGCGGACAUUCUCUAGAAACCUUUUCAGCAGAUAGCAGGCAUUCAACUAAUUCAACACCCUCGGUUUCUCAGCCUUCAACAUCGUCAUCGAAUGUAUCAGGUCCAGGUGCCCGGAGUACUAGGAGAGGGGAAGCUCACAGUAGACGCAGGAGUCCAUUGAACUCAGGUCUAUGGGUAUCAUUCGAAUUGGCUCUCACAUUGAGCCAGAUCAUUGCAUCGAUUGUCGUUUUGUCCAUAUCGAAGGACGAGCACCCACACACUCCCUUGUUCGUGUGGAUUAUCGGUUAUGCGUCUGGAUGCUUAGCGACUCUCCCCCUUCUUUACUGGCGAUAUCAUCUUCGAAACCAAGGGUCUGAUCAAGAUGCUGCCCAAACUCGUCAGGGUUCGACUCAUAUUAAUGUUCCCGCUGGACCAUUUUCUCUUUCAGUGACCAGGACUUCUGGUGGAGAAGAUCGUCAACCUGUGGUUGGAUCGCCUAGAGGUGGUCAAAGUACAGCAGCAGUAAAUUCGAGGGUCAAGGUCCUAGUUGAGUACUUCAAAAUGGGAUUGGAUUGCUUCUUUGCUGUUUGGUUUGUGGUGGGUAACGUGUGGAUCUUUGGUGGUCAUUCUUCGGCAACUGAUGCUCCAAACAUGUAUAGGUUAUGUAUAGUGUUUCUCACUAUCAGCUGCAUUGGAUACGCCAUGCCCUUCAUUCUGUGUGCCACCAUCUGCUGUUGUCUGCCUUGUAUAAUCUCAGUCCUAGGGUUCAGAGAGGAUCUGACCCAAACCAGAGGAGCAACACCUGAGUCGAUCAGUGCACUACCAACAUACAAAUUCAAGUCAAACAAAAGAGACGGAAAUGCAGGUGACAAUGAUGGUGGGGUGGUAGCUGCAGGAACCGAGAAGGAGCGUGUUAUCUCCGGGGAAGACGCGAUUUGCUGCAUUUGUCUGGGGAAGUAUGCGAACAACGACGAGCUGCGAGAGGUGCCAUGCUCUCACUUCUUUCACAAGGAUUGCGUGGACAAGUGGCUUAAAAUCAAUGCAUCCUGUCCUCUGUGCAAAAGCGAGGUUGGUGAAAGCAUCACGGGUUCACUCUCUGGUGUUCAAACUUGAGAGUUAACAGUGGUCCUGCUGGUGAGCUCUGAAGUACAUGUUAGAGGAGGAGAACAAAAGUGAUUAAGCUUAUACAUCUAGACAGUAUCGACCUUGAAGCUUGUAAAGAGUGCUUCUCCAAUGUUUUUCUUACUUUGUGUAAGAAUUGGCUUGAAUUCACCCGGUUCCUUCACUCUUGUUGGUCUUUGGACUAAUGAUAACAUGAUGCAAAAAAAUGGCUAAUUGCUACUGGAAAGUGGAAAGGAAACUAUGAAUUUUACUCUCUCGAGUAUUUAUAGGUGAAGACAAGAUUGCCAUUAAAGUUAAAGUUUAAUU